AUGGAUUCCAAUAACCACUCUAGUCCAUACCCAUACGACACAGCACGUGUGAGUGAACUGCUUAAACGCAAACGUCGUGUUCGUGGGAUCAAAUCCUGUUUUCCUUGCCGACAUAGGAAAGUAAAAUGCAGCGGUGACCUACCCUGCGAGAGUUGUGUCUCAAGGGGGCAUCCUGAACUUUGUUGCGUGCCUAGUGAAUCAGGUGACAAUGCACGCGCGGCACCUGUUCGUUCUAGUCAUGUUGGAUCGAGGGAGAGUCGUUCUGUGACAGGGGGCUCAGGCAGGGAUGAGGAUGGAGACAGGCUACUGAGAGAGCAUAGCAGGAAUGCUGUACCAGGACUCAAUCCUUUUGAACAUGAAAAUGAGUCUACUCUAGACCAUACAGUUGGCAUUGAUCUGAUGAUCAAACGUUUAGAAAGUAUAGAAGACCAAAUUUCUUCUCUGAAAGCCGAUCUUCAAAAAACUCGCGCAAGCUCCAUGACAAAGGCCAAUCAUAAUUCAAACGACAGUCAAUCGUCAGAUCUACGGCUGAACCCGCACUUGAACAGAAAUCUAGUUCCUAGGUCGCCAGGAAAGAAUUUCGUCGAAGAUGCCACAGGGGCGACCAUCUUCCUAGGCAGCCACUCUGAUCCACCAGCAGCAUUGGGAUGCCGAAACGCACCUGGUGAUGGAAUCCUCUCUGCUGACUUAUUCUUGGAUCAUAUUGCGCCCCGGGCGUAUCCAUUUACGAGUAUGUGGGGACCGGAUGCCGGCGCUGCGGAUAUUUGUUGGACUUUGCCUGACGACUCUGAUAUUGUUCGGUAUUGUCAAAUCUAUCAAACGACAGUCUACCCCUUCUACUCGGCCCUAGUAACACUCGAGCAAUUCAAUUCCUCGCUCUGGAAAUUUCUUGACUACCGAGCAGACCUUCAACAGAGCAAUCAGUUAUCAAAGCUAGACAAUACAGAUACCUCAUGGCUUGCACUACUGUUCGCCGUCCUAGCGUGUGGAGUUCAAUUCUCAGAUGACCCGAUUAAAAAAAGAGACCUGCAGUCCAAGGUCUUCAUUUGUUCAGCUUUCCAGUGUCUUCGAAUUUCAAACUUUUUCAAUAAUACCAACAUAGAUCAGAUCCAGGCUAUGGCAUUGAUAGGUCACUGUAUCCGCAACAACUUGGACACAAAUAGCGCUUGGAUUCUAUUAGGUGCAACAUUGCGUCUCGCGCAGAGUAUUGGACUCCACGAAGAAACCAUCCAAGCAGACUCAUCGACUGCAACCCAACAAUUCCAAAGAAAACGACUCUGGUGGGUACUCCUGUGGCAAGACACGUUCCUCUCCUUCACCUAUGACAGACCCCCAAAUACAAUAAGGUCAAGCGAAACUAUCCCCUACGACGCUUCAAGCAAUGAACGGGGCAAUCACUCAUUCGCCGACUGCGUCAUGACACUAUGUCAAAUCAUGCUCGGGCGGUCACGGAAAGACGAAGACAGCGAAUCAAUAUCGGCGAUAAUGGGCUACAAGCACCGCGUAGAGACAAUCCUAGACGAUGACUUCGCUGCACCUUUCCUGCGCAACAAGGCCCGCUGUCGUACCCCCCAGCAGCAUCUUGAGCGACUGGCAUUCCGGAUUCACUCUUCAUAUGUUCUUAUGAGACUCCUUCGAUUAGCACUGGAUGCUUCAAGUCCUGAACCGAACAUGGAUAAUGCAGUUUUAAAGAGGGAGUGUGCAAUGCGUGCCUCAGAUGCGGUUCAAGCUUUCCUGGAGGUUCAUCAGCUCGCACCAACGGUUUGUCGGUCGUGGGCAUUUGUCCACAACGCCGUGAGUUGUGCUUUUACGUUGCAGAGUCUUAGGAUGUUUGCUUUGGACUCGGAACUGCUUAUUACGAAGUUUGUUGGUAUCUUGGAGAGUGAGGAGAGUCUGUCUUCGUGGGUGGAUAGCGAUACUAAUGUCAGGUAUUACGGGCCUUAUUCGAGGGCUUUGAGGGCUUUGAAGGAAUUUGUUAGCUAA